CGUAACUGUAUGUAUAAUAAUAAAUGUUAACUUUCUAAUGCAAAUGCUAAGCCUAUCAUAAGUAUAUAGUGAAAUAUGAAAAGUAAUGAAUUUUAAACGAAAUAAUUCAAUCGGUUCAUUUUGCCGAAAUCAGUGUUUAAAAACAUAUAAUUAUGAAUCCAAAAUAAUAUAAUUAAUGUUGGUGAAAGCAGUUGUUUAUCUGAUAGCAUGUCACGAAAAUUAGCACCAUCAGAGGAUCAAUCGGAGAAGCUGGUGGCAUAUUUAGAAGCUAAUCGUUGGCUUGCACUCGGUCAUGCUAGGACAUGGCAUGCCAGACAUCGCUCAAGAGUCGGCUGGCAAAAUAUAGCCAAUGAACUUAACUGUGACUGCCAAGGCUGUUAUAAAACUUGGCAACAAUGGGCAAAGUAUUGGAUAGACAAAAAGAGUGCUAUCAAAAGGAAAGCAGCUCUAAUCAAAGCUUCAAAAACACAAGGCAAUGAUGAAGUAGCACUGAGCCCGUUGGAGGAGAGGAUAAUGACGUUAAUGGAGGGAGGUGUUGAUUGUGAACAAAAGACGGAGAAUAGUGUGUCAAUUACAGUUAAAGAUUUAGACGAUCCGUGUUCGAUGGCAUCCGACUCGGAAACGGAGGAGAAAUCGAAUGAAAAAGAAAUGGACCCCCUACUGGGAUCAUUAUGGAUUAAGUGUGAGCCAAGUGUCCAGUUUGAUCAACAGACGCAAGAGGAGACUUCAUCAAAUCGAAGGCAACCCACUACCUUUCCCGUGGCAACACCAACAAUAACCCGUCGGCGACCAAUGGCUACGAGACGACUUCCUCAAAGGACGCGAAAUCAGCGUCAAUCAAAAACUGUGGGAAUAAUCGAACGCCUGAUCGCCAUAGAGGAGAAGCGAGCGGAAACGGAUUACAUGAUGGCGCAAACACAACAAUCAGUUGUCGAGGUCUUGCGCCAAAUGAGCGAAUCCUGGACGAGGCAGAGCCAAGCGUUACAGGAUUUAGUGAAUAAAGUUACUAAAUAAAUCAU